AUGUCUCCAAACGUUCUCCGGUGGAUUAGCCUCGUGGCUCUUAUAUGGCUUCAAUCUAUCAACGCCACCAACUUGAACUUCCCUGCUUACUCUUCACAGCUCAAAGAGUUUCUCUCAAUCUCUCAGUUUCAACUCAACUACCUCUCUUUCGCCUCCGACGCCGGAAAAGUCCUAGGUUUCAUCUCCGGCAUCGCUGCCGUCCAUCUUCCUUUACCACUCGUCCUCCUCGCCGGAGGUUCUUUAGGUUUCGCCGGCUACGGUCUCCAGUAUCUAUCCAUCGUCAAAAAGAUGUUCACGUUACCGUUUUACCAGAUAUGGGGCCUGAGUUUCUUGGCCGGAAACAGUAUCUGCUGGAUCAACACCGCUUGUUUUAUAGUCGCGCUCAACAGUUUUCCGGUGAACCGUCAAGUGGCCGUAGGGAUCAUAAUGAGUUAUCAAGGUUUGGGUGGCAAAAUCUACGCCGAGAUAGUCCACACAUUCUUCUACUCGUCUCAACGUGAAGCCGCCUCUGGUUAUCUUUUGCUCAACUCUAUAGUUCCUUUGGCCGCUUUCUCCUAA